AUGAAUAUCAAUAUUUACAAUUCUUCAACAUUUAUAGAUCUCAUUCCAAAUGACUUCAACCAAAAACAUACUAUAUCCUCAUUGAAUAAAAUAAACUCUAAAAAACUCAACAAACAGAUAUAAUCAACUUCUGAUUUUGCUUCUUCAUCUUGUCUAUAAAUGCUUACAAGUGCAAGUACUAACCGUAAAUUUAUCAAGCCAAAUACUGACAUGUAUAAAUUAGGCUAAUAAUUUUUAAAACACAAAAAGGAAAAACAACAAUAAUUGAUACAUUCAUUAGAAGCUUAAUUUUAACAGUCAUGUCCAUUUUCACCUUAAAUUACAUACAAUUCUCGAAUCAUUGCUUCUAUGUCUAAAAGUACUUUAGGUAGGAGAAGGCAAUCAUCUGAAUUAAUUGAUACUUAAUCUAUUAAGUUACAAAAAGAAAUGGAAGAAUGCACUUUUUCUCCUUAAAUUUUAAGAAGAAAUCUUGAUAUUUUUGAUAGAUCAUCACCAUUUUAUUUUAGAUAAAUUGAUUGGAAAUAAAAUCUUUAAGAAAAAUUACAAGCAAAUAGAUCAUAAAAUUAAACUUAAUUAACAAUUUCAUAGAAUAUACAAAUUAAUCCUAAAUAAUUGGAUUUAAGAGCUAGUCAUGCUCUUAAGAAAAAUAUUGCUGCAAAAUAUCUAAGAUAAUCAUUGAAUGAUAUUUGA